AUGAUCAGUGUAGCCCCAGCAGUGCCACCUGUCAGUGUCCAUCAUGCCACAUCAGUGCCCAUCAGUGCCACAUAUCAGUGCACACCAGUGCACAUCAAUGCCACAUAUCAGUGCCCAUCUAAACUGCUUUUCAGUGUUACCCAUCAGUGCCAGUCAGUGCCACCUAUCAAUGCUAAUCAGUGCCACCUAUCAGUGCUGCCAAUCAAUGCCACAUAUCAGUGCCAGUCAGUGCCGCCUAUCAGUGCCAGUCAGUGCUGCCUAUCAGUGCGCAUCAGUGCCGUCUAUCAGUGCCUGUCAGUGCCGCCUAACAGUGCCAGUCAGUGCCACCUAACAGUGCCAGUCAGUGCCGCCUAUCAGUGCCAGUCAAUGCCGCCUAUUAGUGCCAGUCAGAGUCGCCUAUCAGUGCUGCCUAUCAGUGCCAAAUAUCAGUGCCACGUAUCAGUGCUGCCUUUCAGUGCCCAUCAGUGAUGCCUGUCAAUGCCCAUCAGUGCCACCUACUAGUGCCUCCUCAUCAGUGCCCAUCAGUGGCACCUAUCAGUGUCCAUCAGUGCAGCCUAUCAGUGCCCAUCAGUGCAGCCUCAUUAGCGCACAUCAGUGAAGGAGAAAAAUCACUUAUUUACAAAAUUUAUAACAAAAACUAAGAAAAAACAUUUUGUUUUCAAAAUUUUCAGUGGUUUUUGGUUUGUUUAAGAAAAAAUAA